GUGGAGCUUGGUUUGGGCUUUCAUUUAUUAUUUAUCUGUUCAGAAAUCUCAUUCUCGUCUUCUUGGAAUGUGAUUAGGAAAUUAGACAAGGAAAGAAAGAAAGAAUGGUAGUCGGAGUAACGGCUUCCCUUUCCCAUUCAGUUGCUCAUGUGCAUUUGCAAUUUCGUCAUAGAACAAAAAACGAGAGAGGCUUGGACAGGGUCUUCCACGGUCACAAAUAUUGUCAUCGUCAUUGUAAUAGUUUCAGCACCACCACCAACAGCUGUACCACAACCACAUCUGGUGAUGGUGGUGGGAAGUUGGAGGUGGCGGAGAUAAAGGAGAAGUGCGAGAAGUGGCAAUGGAAGGGCCAAUAUUCCAUCAAUUACUUCGUUUCUCAUUCAAAUUCCAAUCCUCCUCUUCUUCUUGUGCAUGGAUUUGGGGCUUCCAUUCCACACUGGCGCAGGAAUAUUCGGACGCUCGCCCAGAAUUCCACUGUAUAUGCAAUUGACCUUCUUGGCUUUGGAGCUUCUGAUAAACCAGCAGGCUUUUCGUAUACCAUGGAAACAUGGGCACAGUUGAUAUUGGACUUCUUGGAUGAAAUUGUUCAGAAGCCAACUGUGCUGAUAGGCAACUCUGUUGGGAGUCUUGCUUGUGUAAUUGCUGCCGCAGAAUCUAGUAGAAGCCUAGUUCGAGGACUUGUACUGCUAAAUUGUGCUGGUGGUAUGAACAAUAAGGCAAUUGUUGAUGAUUGGAGAAUCAAGCUAUUAUUACCAUUGCUUUGGUUGUUUGACUUUUUGUUGAGCCAACGCGGAAUUGCUUCAGCUAUAUUUGAGCGUGUCAGAAAGAGAGAUAACUUGAAGAGCAUUUUAUUGUCUGUAUAUGGAAAUAAGGAGUCUGUGGAUGAAGAACUAGUACAGAUCAUAAUGGAACCAACUUAUGACGCUGGGGCACUAGAUGCUUUUGUUUCGAUUGUGACAGGCCCUCCAGGGCCAAAUCCUGUGCAGUUGAUGCCGAGAAUCUCCCAACCUGUGCUACUUCUAUGGGGGGAUCAAGACCCAUUUACUCCUCUUGACGGACCUGUUGGUAAAUACUUCUCUUCACUUCCUUCUCAACUACCAAAUGUAACCCUCUUUGUGUUACAAGGCGUAGGACACUGUCCCCAUGAUGACAGCCCUGACUUAGUCCAUCAAAACCUGCUUCCCUGGUUGGCUAAUCUUCCUACUUCAUGACACAUGAAUUCUUACUUCCAUUUCUCUUACUUUUUGUAUCUCCCUUGUCAAUUCAUCCAUUUACACAAUUUCCUAGUGUACCCACCCUUAUAUUAAUUAAAUUGUAACCAAGAUUUUUAGCAA